CACCAAUCAGCGCCCUCUGUGAGGCUACCGCCAGCCAAUGGCGUGCUGGAGAGAGCACACAUGAGAAUACUCUGCCGUCAGAAUGAAUAUGGCCGCCUCCAAGUGUGUCCGCCUGGACGGAGAGCUCUCCCGUCGCUUCUUGGCCUCGGUGGACACGGUGCUCUUCGACUGUGAUGGCGUCCUAUGGCGGGGGGACGAGGCGGUCCCGGGGGCCCCGGAGCUGGUGAACGGGCUGAAGCAGAGCGGGAAGCGGGUGUUUUACCUCACCAAUAACAGCACGAAGACCCGCGCCAUGUACGCCGACAAGCUGGGCCGCCUGGGCUUCUCCGCCGAGCCCGAGGAGGUGUUCGGGACCGCCUACUGCACGGCGAUCUACCUGCGGGACACGGCCCGGCUCCGGGGGAAGGUCUUCCUGAUCGGAGGGGGCGCUCUAAGCCAGGAGCUGGAGGCGGCCGGUAUUCCUCACCUGGGACAAGGAACGGACCCGGUCACCGGAGGGAUGAAGGACUGGGCGGCGCUCAGCCGGGACCCCGAAGUCAGGGCGGUGGUGGUCGGGUUCGAUGAGCAUUUCAGUUACAUGAAACUGACCCGAGCGCUCCAUUACCUGCAGGACCCCGAAUGUCUCUUCAUCGCCACCAACACCGACACCAGGCUGCCCCUGGAGGGGGGCCGGACCAUACCCGGAACUGGUUGCUUGGUACGGGCGGUGGAAACUGCUGCUCAUCGCAAAGCCCAGGUUAUCGGAAAACCCAACUCGUUCCUGUAUGACUGCGUGGUCAAAGAAUGUGGUCUGGAUCCCUCCAGGACUGUCAUGGUGGGAGAUCGCCUAGACACAGACAUUCAGAUGGGUUCUACGUGUGGCAUCCGCACACUCCUCACCCUCACAGGCUUUUCCAGUCUGGAAGACGCAAAGGCCUACCAAAACAGCGGCGCCCUCUCUCUGGUCCCUGACUUCUAUGUAGACUCGGUUGCUGAUCUGCUGCCAGCACUGACUGACAAUGCCAGUUGAAGUGAUUCCAGUGGAACUGGAUGCACAACAAUAACCAAAUUUGUUCUAAUUUAUGCAAAUAAUGUGGUUUCCGACCUGCACUGCCUAUACCACAACUGAAUCGUUAUCUGGAUUUGGACAAUACAAACACACAGGUUAUCCCGGUGACAGUUUUAAUAGUUUUAUGAAAAAGUUAUGGUUCAAUGCCAAGCUCUUGUACAAAUGAUGGGCUAGAGACAGAUAUAUAAUAUAUGAAUAACUAAACAUAAUUUAUUUUAUUACCUAAUAUAGUGGUUAUACAGAAACAGCUCUGUAAUAUAUUAAAUUAUUUUUCUUAUGUUGGGAAUAGCCUAUAGUCACAUGUGUACUAGAAUACAGUACCGGCAUUGUGUUUUUAUGUCCAUGCAAGAUUUGAAAAAGUAUGCAUUUUAAGUAACUGCAAAUUUUAAAGUUGUGUAUUUGACCACAGGACAAAUUUGUCUUAAAAUAUCCCAAAGUCUGU